UAUUACUUUGGCAGAAAGGAUGGCAAACCAGCUGACCCUAUUUUCUAUGCCAUGGCAAUGGGUUGUUUUGCAUCAGUUGUGGACCUGAUCAUCGCACUUGAGAAUGAUGGCGUAAUUGAGGGAUUCAUGACAUUCUAUCUGAAGAGUGGGGAAGCCUACUUAAAGAGUGCAUAUGGCACUGUGUUAUGUUACUGGGAUGGUAUCGCCCACUAUGCUAUGUACCUAAUGAUGCUCUCGGCUCUCUCAUGGGGGGAUAAUUUCAGAGAGAUUGGUCUCUACUGGGCUGGUUCAAUCUCACACAGCAUGAUUGUUUUCAUGCCUGGAAAUGUUCUUGGUAAAUAUGGUGUAAAAUGGUCUCUGAUGCUCAAUGUGCCAUACAUGAUAUUCCCCUUCAUGGCUGGCGCCAGAUUCCUUAUGGAAAGACCUAAGCUAGCAAUAUCAUCUACAGAGGCUCAGAGCAGUCAUGUCAGUAUAUGGAGAAGACCCCUUGAUUUCUUCUUUAUCUUGUUCAACAUUGCUGCCAGCCUUAUAGCUCUACUGAGAGGAUUUGCUGUUCUUGGCUGCAAAAUGGACUUGACUAAAGAUUACAUUGAAUUCUAUGAACCAUAUCUUCUUGAUAAUGGAAUUUACCCAAAGAUUCAGAUGCUGGUCUAUUUGUUCUAUUUCCUGCCAUUCUACAUUGU